UGCAUGCUCGAUCGAGUUGUUUAUCUUUUAUUCGCCGACGAGAAACGAUCUGUCGUAUUCGCGCAUAUUCAAUGCGCAGUUCAGUUUAUCAAUCGAGAAUACAUCCCGUCUCUCUGGGUACACACUUGUUAACAGCAAGAGACCGGCUCCAGUCUACACACAGAAGUUGCGAUGGCAGUUAACAAGACUAUUUGAACAGCAAAAUUAGCGACAAUUUGUGAUCGUUCCAUUGACAAAAUUUGUUACAACGACGCUUUUAUUUUUCGGAUACGAGAACCAAAGUAUCGCCAUGGAGACUUCUACUUUGAUUCUGAGCAUCCUCGCGGCUGGUAUUUGUCUGUAUUAUUUCGCUCUGAGUAAGCUGUCGCAUUUCAAAAAAAUGGGAAUUCUACACGAACGUCCGUUACCGUUUCUGGGCAAUAUGACGUCCGUCAUUCUGCAACGCACCGCUAUAAUGAUUAAAAUACAGAGAUUGUACAAUCUCUUUCCUCGGACGAAGUAUUUCGGACUCUACGAUCUAAUGACGCCGGUUAUCGUGAUUCGCGAUCCGGACCUGAUCAACACAAUCGCCAUCAAGAAUUUUGACAAUUUCUGCGAUCAUCGCGCCUUCUUGAACGAAGAGCUCGAUCCAUUGGUCAGUAAAAAUCUUUUCAAUAUACGGGGAGAUCAUUGGCGCGAGAUGCGAAAACUUCUCAGCCCGACCUUUACGUCUAGCAAGAUGAAAAUUAUGUUUAAAUUGAUGGUUCAGUGCGCGGAGAACCUGUCUACUCACGUGGCGAACGAGUCCGGUGAGACUGGCAAAACGUACGAUGUGAAAGAUUUGCUGUCCAGAUAUGCCAACGACGUGGUGGCCACAUGCGCCUUCGGCAUUAGCGUGAACUCGUUCAAGGACAAAAAUAACGAGUUUUUUCUGCUCGGCAAGGAAGCCAUGAACUUUGACUCUAGUCUCUCCACUAAAAUGUUUAUAAACCGAAAUUGUCCGAAGCUCUCGAAAUACUUGCGUCUUAAGGUGUUUAGUUCAAAAGUGGAAAACUUCUUCAAAAGUAUCGUCACCGAGACGGUGAAGGUCAGAGACGAGAAGGGCAUACAUCGACCGGAUAUGAUUCAGCUGAUGAUGGAGACCAGGAAUAAAAGCGACGGACCCUUGUUCGACAUCAAUGAGAUGACCGCUCAGGCGUUUGUUUUCUUCUUGGCGGGAUUUGACUCCGUGUCGACGGCUAUGUGUUUCUUUGUGCACGAAGUCGGCGCCAAUCCUGACGUUCAGAGAAAAUUGAAGGAAGAGAUCGACGACGUUCUUCGAGAGACUAACGGCAAACCCACUUACGAGGCUAUCAAUGGAAUGAAGUAUUUGGACGCGGCGUUCAAUGAGACCCUCAGACUGUAUCCGCUGGCGGCUUUCUUAGACAGAAUUUGCGUGAAAGAGUACGAAUUACCGCCGGCGACUCCGGACGCGAAACCAAUCAAGGUGAAACCAGGACAGUCCAUUUGGUUUCCUAGUUACGCUUUGCAUCGCGAUUCUACGUACUAUCCAAACCCCGACAAGUUCGAUCCUGACAGAUUCUUGAAUGGGGAAGUGGACAAUUCUGUUUACAUUCCGUUUGGUAUUGGACCACGAAUUUGUAUAGGCAACAGAUUCGCCAUAAUGGAAGCGAAAAUCAUGAUGUUCUAUCUAUUGUGGCACUGCGAGCUCGAACCUGAUGUUAAAACCGUAAUACCCAUGGUGCUGAACAAGCGAACGUUCAUCAUGAUGGCGGAAGGUGGAUUUUGGAUGAAAAUACGGGCGAGAAAACCGAUGGCGUCUGUUACGUCGAAUGGAGAGAAUUGAGAGACCAAAAAAUAAUCACAUACGAUGUAUUUCACGUAUAAAGUUACGUUUAAAAUAAACUAUUUGUGUAAAUUAUGGA